GGGUGGGCUAUGCGGCUCACUUGGACCCGGAACCAAGAAACAGCCAGCCAGGCGUCAUACGGUGGCCCCUCCUCUGUGUGUCUGCUCCUGCUAAGCCACAGCUUGGUCCCCUCUGUCUGGUCGUACCGAGUCCCUCCGCUUUCCCCCAUCAUCGCCAAUUUAUCUGCUACCAAACUUGCCAUCAUCGUCCCGCCUCUGGCUCCGAUUCGCGCCUCCAGACCGCGGCCCUUUUUCUUCCUUUUCUGCUUGCCUCGCCUCUGACACUGUCAGCCACGUCUCUUGGCUACGCUGUGCCGAAAAAAGAAGCCGUUUUUAGACCAGUUUUCCAUCCUUGCUGUGGGCGUUCGCGUUCCGUUUGUUGGGAGCAUAUCCGCCGUCGUACCUUGGCUCUCUUUCUUCUGCCCCGUGCAACCCGCCGCAUCUACUUCCUUGAGGUCUCGAAGCCAUUACGACGACUGACGCCCCGAGACGAGCGACGGCGAGCUCUCUGACGAAGCACCAGUACGAGCGCGAGCACGAGAACGAGCGCAUUGGCGAUCUUUGUUUUGGCUCCCUGUCCAGCGCCGAAUUGUGACGAGAUACACCGCCGUCGGUCGAUUGCGCAAUAUUUCACCCGCGACCUCGGAUUUUACUCGAUAGCCUCACCGCGGCGCCUCUCGUGAUAUCCUCUACCUCCGCGGAAGUAGCCGCCCUUUCGCCAAUCCCGCCAUUUCUCCCGAAAACUCAAGCGGCGUCUCCUGUUCCGAUCCGUUCAAAUCCUCUCUUCUACCGGCCCAAGAAUAUCAUGGGCAAAUCGCAGUCAAAACUCUCGCAGGAGCAGCUCGCCGAGCUGCAGAAGUCGACUCAUUUUGAUAAGAAGGAGUUGCAGCAGUGGUACAAAGGCUUCUUGAAAGAUUGCCCCUCGGGCAUGCUCUCCAAAGAGGAGUUUCAGAAGAUCUACCGGCAGUUUUUCCCAUUUGGAGACCCGAGUUCGUUUGCCGACUAUGUAUUCAACGUGUUCGAUAGCGACAAGUCUGGUAGCAUCGACUUUAAGGAGUUUAUCUGCGCACUGAGCGUCACCAGCCGGGGCAAGAUGGAGGACAAGCUGGACUGGGCGUUUCAGCUGUACGACAUUGACGGCGACGGCAAGAUCAGUUACGACGAGAUGCUUCAGAUUGUAGAGGCAAUCUACAAGAUGGUCGGCUCCAUGGUUAAACUACCCGAAGACGAGGAUACACCCGAGAAGCGUGUUAAGAAGAUCUUUCGCAUGAUGGACAAGGACGAGAACGGCAGCCUGGACAUGGAGGAGUUCAAGGAGGGAAGCAAACGAGACGAGACGAUUGUCUCGGCGCUGUCUUUAUACGACGGGCUGGUGUAACUGUCCCCCGGGUGCUGUUUCGUUCCCUUUGUCGAGCUUCUGUUUCCUGUUUCUGUCUUUUUUUUUGGUCGGUGGUCUAGGCGACUGGUACUUUUGGGGGAAAGCUCUCUUGUAUGUUUUGCCCACAAAGAACAGCAGGUUGCUUGUUUUCCCGCUUGUAUCGUUACCCCGUUUCCUCGAGGGCCUACCUAUUCUUGCUCAUGACGUUUUUCUUUGGU